AUGGAGGCAGGCAGCCUCGUCUCAUGCCGAGAGGACAUUUCUUCGCUGUUUCCUGAGCAUACGUCGGGUGCCAAAUAUAAAGAUUUAAGCAGCCAAUUUUCCACCGUCAGACAAGUGCGCGGAGAUGGAAACUGCUUCUACAGAGCCCUCUGCUUCGCACACUUGGAGUCAGUCUUACACAAUGCCAGGGCUUUGCAGAGGAUCUCUGUUGUUAAUGUUGUGGAGCAGUGCCAGGCUGACGAGCAGGAAGACACGCUGCUCAGGCUCUUCAAUGAGCAGAUGACGUCUGACAGCGUGGUGCAGUAUCUCAGGCUGCUCACUUCAGCACACCUGCAAAACCAGGCAGACUUCUUCUGCAACUUUGUGGAGGCGCCCAAUCUCUUAGUCUACUGUCAUCAAGAAGUGGAGGUCAUGGCGAUGGAGUGUGAUCAUGUGGACAUCCUAGCUCUGUCACAGGCCCUGGAUAUUUGCAUCCACAUCGUCUCUAUGGAGGGUGAUGAAGAGCAGUUGGCUCACCACGUCAUUCCAGAGGGUGCUGAACCCUCCCUGCACCUCCUCUACCAAACGUCACAUUAUAACAUUCUCUACCCACGGCUUCGACACUGA